CCCGCUGCCCCCCCACCCCCGGAGCCAGACGCCGGGAGCCAUGGCCUCCGCCCUCUGUCCGCCGUCCCCGCUGCUCGUGCGGGUGUCCGAGUCCAGCCGUCGAACACGCUGGAAGCUGGAAAUUUACUUCCAGAGCCAGCAGUCCGGCGGCGGGGAGUGCACCGUCCAGCCCCUCUACCACAGGGACCAGGGCACCUUCCUGGUGAAGUUCGCGGAACCGGCAGCUAAAGAGAGAGUCUUGAAGAAAGAAAAUCAUCAGAUUAUGGUUGAAAACAAACUUGUGACUAUUUUUCUGGAACCCACUAAGAAUCCAGUGGAGAAGAAUGCAAGACCCAGAACAUCUUUUUUGCCACAGUCACAGGAAAGGGUGAGGUCUGGUGAGAAGCAUCAAAACGAAGAACAUAUUCCUAAUGUUAUGGAUUCCUGUCUGCAAAAGAUCUUUCUUAGCGUCACAGCAGACCUGAACUGUAAGCUGUUCUCUAAAGAGCAGAGGGAACACAUAACCACUAUCUGCCCCAAGGUCAAAAAGAUGGAAGGGGACGAUGGAAUUGAGAAGGUGUGCGGCACCUUCAGAGAUAUUGAAAAAAUAUAUCACUUCUUGAAUAAGCAACUCCAAGAAAGUGGGUGCAAAUUUGAAUCUUCCCCUUUGACAAUGGAGAGGAAGCCACUCCAUCAGCAGAACCAGAAGAACAGCUGUGUUUCUCCCUUGGAAACAAAAACCAAAGCAAAAGACGAAAGCAACCGUCUUGAAAUUCCCUUGCCUUUCUUUGAGUAUUUCCAGUAUGCCUAUCCUGAUAAAAUAGACUUGAUACAGAAGAGAUUUGGUGUAAAAAUUAAAAUAACAACUCAGAAGAGUUAUCCGAAUACUGUCUAUUUAGACUUCACCUCCAAUCCAUCAAGUGAUCUCCAAGCCGCUAGAGAGUCUUUUGUCAGUGAAUUUCAGAAAACCGUGGAAUCUCUGGAGCAGAAAUGUGUUGCUUUUGCAGACAGUGAACAGGCAAAUGAGAUCAAACAGGAACUGAAUCAACGAUUUACAAAGCUCCUUAUAAAGGAGAAAGGAGGAGAAUUAACUCUCCUUGGGACCCAAGAUGACAUUUUCGCUGCCAGAUAUUUUUUUGACCUAAAAGCCUCUGAAAGUCUUGUCAUGGGACCUGUGAAAAUAUCAACUCCCACAUGCCUGAUGAAUACAAUUGAAGUUGACCCGGCUCACUAUAUGCUUGUAAAAGCUGAAUUACUCCAGGAGAUGAUAGAGUUAGAAGAAAAGUACAAUACUCGUUGUGAAGUUUGGGGAGACAGUAAGACAAUCCACAUUCUCUUUGAACCUAAGGACAAGGAAUUCGAUCUGUCUGCCCAUGCUUAUUCCAGUUUCAUCGAUGCCUAUCAAUAUGUGUCAAGUCAGCUGAUGAGAGAAGUUCUUUCACUGAAAGCUCUGGGCAAAGAGAGAAAGCACUUGCAUCAGAACGAGUUUGCAGAUGACUUCAGGGAAAACCAUCCGCAUGUACACUUUGUACUAAAUCAAGAGUCAAUGACUUUGACUGGGUUGCCAAAUCACCUUGCAAAGGCAAAGCAGUAUAUCUUUAAAAAAGUGGGAAUGUCCCUGUUAGCUGGAGAUCAAAAGAAUGCGGACCAAGAAACACGCAUGGACAUUGAUAGUAAUGACUCAAAAAUAGCUCUCUCAACAUUCCAGCACUCUGCCAGUUCUGGGGCAUCAGGAGAGGAGAAGGAAGAGGACAUAUGUAGCAUCUGUAUUGACAUCAUUAGUAACAAACAAGUGCUAUCGAAGUGUAAGCAUGCAUUCUGCACCUCUUGUAUCAACAAAGCUUUUUCCUAUAAGCCGGUCUGUCCUGUGUGCCAGACUUCCUAUGGUAUCCAGAAAGGCAAUCAGCCAGAGGGAACCAUGACUGUCACCGUCCUAAAAGACUCACUUCCAGGUUAUGAAUCCUGUGGCUCCAUUGUGAUUACUUAUAAUAUGAAAGGAGGCAUACAAACAAAAGAGCACCCAAACCCAGGAAAGAAAUACUCUGGAUUACAACGAAGAGCUUACUUGCCUGAUAAUGAGGAAGGAAAUGAGGUUUUGAGUCUGCUACGUAGAGCCUUUGAUCAAAAGCUGAUUUUCACAGUGGGGGAUUCUCGAAUGCUAGGAAUCUCCAAUGUCAUUACAUGGAAUGAUAUCCACCACAAAACAUCUCCGUUUGGGGGACCACAAAUGUAUGGCUACCCUGAUCCAGAUUACCUGAAACGUGUCAAAUGGGAGCUGAAAAAUAAAGGAAUUGAGUAAGAAGACCACUGGAGGGAUGUCUUGAGCCAAGCUUUCAAAAGACACAGUUGAAGAAACACUCUUUAAAUUAUUUCAUCUUGGGGCGCCGGGGUGGCUCAGU